UGCGCCGUUCGGAAACCGUGAGAGACGGUGGUGUCUUUCUCACUGGUGUCUGCUUUCACUGAGUCUACCUCUUGAGGUGUUCGUCAUUUAUAGACAGGAAUCGGGAUCCAGUGCGCAUGCAGCCGGACCAACUUAAGCCAAAUUGGUCGUGUGAUUAAACAUUUUAACUCAUUUUUAAGAAUAUCGUUAUUGUCCUCUUCAGCGCGUAAACUUUGUAUGGUCAUAGUGGGGUGAGCUCGCUGUGAUUUGACAGUGGGCUGAGUCCCAAGCAAGCGAAGGCUGCUUUUUUUGCGGUCAAUCAGAGGCAAUAAUGAGCGAAGUCAGUUAAGGAGCAGCGGGCAAUGACACAUUUUCAACAUGGACAAGAAAGCCGUGAACGAUUUAUUCUUGCUGGCCAUUGCAUCGUGUUUACUGCUAUCGGUUUUUGGAGAGGUAGGCAAUGUCUCCCAAGAUGGCUACUUAAAUACUCUUCAAAGUGCAGCCCCACUCUCCUGUUCAGAGGGCUUCACAGAACUGGGCUACUACAAUGGUUCUGUGUCCCAGACCGACUCGGGCUCGCUCUGUCUUAAGUGGACCGAGUUUCCAGACUACAUCCUCCAGUACCCGGGCCGGGGGCUGGGGGACCACAGCUACUGCAGGAACCCAGACAGAGAGUCCAACCCCUGGUGCUUCUUCAGACAGAGCUCUGGAGCCAUCGGCUGGGCCCACUGUGACUGCCACCAGGGUGCAGCCAGGUUAAUAGGUGGCUCGUCUGUUAAGAGUGGCCGUCUGGAGGUUUACCUAAAUGGCCAGUGGGGGGCAGUGUGUGACACGCACUGGACAGACCGCGACGCAAGUGUCAUCUGCAAACAGCUUGGCUUUGGAGAGAUCGGCACGGCUCUCCAGCACUCUUACUUUGGGCCUGGUUCCGGACUCUUCCACUACGAGCGCCUCGGCUGUCGUGGCAACGAAAACACUCUUCUAGAGUGCAGGAGUAGGAAGUUUGUCACUAGUGACUGCAACCAUGGCAACGAGGCGGGGGUGGUGUGCGCUGUACCUGAGGGCAACGGCGCCCCCCUGAGGUUGGUGGGCGGACUGGAGGAGUUUGAGGGCCGUGUGGAGGUGUACCAUGACGGUAGGUGGGGGACCAUCUGUGAUGACCAAUGGGAUGACGUCAAUGCAGAGGUGGUGUGUCGGCAGCUGGGGUUGGGAGGGGUGCCAAAGGCGUGGACAUGGGCUCACUUUGGCCAGGGCUCUGGGCCUAUAUUCCUGGAUGGGGUGCAAUGUACAGGCAAUGAGCUGUCCCUGGAGGAAUGUCCCCACAACAACUGGGAACAACACAACUGUGACCACAUGGAGGAUGCUGGUGUGUCCUGCAACCCCUACACAGACGGUGUGGUUCGCCUGGUGGGGGCCGACAGCCCCUGGGAAGGUCGUUUGGAGGUGUACCAUUCUGGGGACUGGGGCACGGUGUGUGACGACAACUGGACAGAAACCAACGCUCAGGUGGUGUGUCGACAGCUCGGCUUCAGAGGGCGGGCGGAGGUGGCCCCGGACGGGGUGUACGGGGAGGGCGCAGGGAUGAUCCUACUGGACGAGGUGCAGUGUAAGGGCACAGAGGGGACCCUGCUGGCCUGCAGCCACGCUGAGUGGGGGCGCCAUGACUGCUCCCACAGCGAGGACGUCGGGGUGCGCUGCGAGAGGGGGGGGGAGACCAACGAGAUACGAGGGCCGCCCCCGUCUACAGGUCCUCUGGUGCGCCUGGUAGCGGGCGAGAGCAGGAAGGAGGGCAGAGUGGAGGUGUUCCUGAACGGCCAGUGGGGGAGCGUCUGUGAUGACGGCUGGAAUGACAUCAACGCCGCCGUGGUGUGCAGACAGCUGGGCUUUAUUGGUGUAUCCAAGGCACGCUCCAUGGCUUAUUUCGGAGAGGGCCGGGGGCCAAUCCACCUGGAUAAUGUGAGGUGCUCUGGGGCUGAGAUGUCCCUGGGAGAGUGUCCUGCGGAGGGACAGGACGCCCACGACUGCAGGCACAGCGAGGACGCGGGGGUCAUCUGCGACUAUGUCCCUGAGACGGUGGGCGACGGCGCCAUCGUCACACAGACCUGCGGCCUGAGGCCCAACACACAGCGACGGAGGAGGAGAAUCAUAGGGGGGGACAAGUCCCUCAGGGGAGACUGGCCGUGGCAGGUGUCUCUGUGGCUCAAGUCCCAGUCGAAAGGGAACCAUCCGUUGUGCGGUGCCACCCUCAUUAACUCCUGCUGGGUUCUCACAGCUGCUCACUGCUUCAAGAGGUUUGGCCAUGACCCCUCGCGCUACGUGUUGCGCUUGGGGGACUACCACACGGAGGAGCGCGAUGACUUUGAACGUAGCCUGUCCCCGGAGCGCAUCGUCAUUCAUAGGAAAUACCACAGCAAGGGCUGGGAGUAUGAUAUAGCCCUGCUGCGCCUGAGAGGCACUGAAGGCAACUGUGUGUCAUUCAACCCACACACCAAUGCAGCCUGCCUGCCGGCAUCAGGAAACAAGUGGGGCAAGAGGCCGGCUGCCUGCAUUAUCACCGGGUGGGGCAUCACAGAUUCAGAAUACUCUCGUACCCUGCUGCAGGCCUGGGUUCCUCUGCUGCCAUCUUGGAAGUGCAAGAAGCGCUACGGAGAGCGCUUCACCAGCCGCAUGCUGUGCGCCGGCAGCCUGUCAGACCGCCGACGUGUGGACAGUUGCCAGGGCGACAGUGGGGGUCCGCUGGUCUGCCAGGGAGAGGGGGGCCGCUGGGUCCUAACGGGGGUAAUCUCCUGGGGUCACGGCUGUGGUGACCCCUCGUUUCCAGGGGUGUACACGAGGGUCAGCAGGUUCACACGAUGGAUAGAGCAGGUCACCAACAACCCCAGCAAGAACUGACGUUGCCAUUGGAUAAUCAGUGUUGUCGAGGAUGGGAGGAAAGGGGGAGGGCAUCCCGGUAUCUGUUACUGGACCUUAUCCCAAAGUUGCACAUCCAACUGAGCUCUCAUGUUCAGUUGUUUCUUUUAUUUGCCCUCACUUGGGGAAGCUUGUACUGUAUAUGGUGUUGUUCAUGUUCUCAAUAGAGGGAGUUUUCCACUGCAUUUGAGCCACCAAAGUUUCAAAUGUAAGAGGCCUAAUGGAAAUAAGGAAAUAAUGACUGUAUAUGAAUGACAUUGCACUAGAAUGCAUGCCAUUUGAUUACACUUGAACACGGCUGCACUGUAACUAAAGACAGUAUUUUUGCGCAGGCCAAAGCCAAUGAAUGGUUUCAAUUGGGAGAUUAUUAUGAGUUGAUGUCUUUAAGAGUCAAGUGGAGUGCUGUUGGGUACAAGAUUGUAUAUGGACAGUGAAUACAGACAUGUUGCUUAUAUUGUAUUGUUUCAGGAACAUUCCAGGUGUGCAUGCUUAGUAUGCGUGACUUGCAAUUGAAACCAAAAAUCAAGCUGUUCUUGGUACAACACCACUGUCUUGGAUGUAAAGCGUGGCCUAGUAGGCUAUAUGCACAACCAUGUGGCUUACAAUACUUAUAAGGUAUGUGUGUCUGUCUACUGGUUACCAGUUUUUCCUUUCAGUAUUACAAGAAAUCGGUGUGUGUGUGGACAUUUGUGUGUAUCCUGUCAGCUUCCCUGUCAUAAGAUCUAAAUCACCUGAUAGUAGAAUCAGGGCUCUGAAGUUCGCAAGUUUGGCGUGAGAUUACCAUACUUGUCAACGUUUGGGUACAGAAAUUCCGGCGAUGAGGAUGGGGGAUGUUUCUGAUUUGCUGGUAGGUGGAAUUUAACUCUGUUUAACUCGAGACAACUAUCAACUCGGCAGAAAUCUUCCCUCAGUAUGUCUGUGCCUCGUCCAUUAAUUGUAUAUGGCGGGACAAGUUAUCCCUUCUUAGUGUGAGAAAUGGUUGAAUUGCGUGAGAUAUACAAGGUGUUGCGUGAGAAAUGGUUGAAAUGAGUCUCAUGGCAAAUGUGUGAGACUUGAGAGCCCUGAGGAAUGAAUCGUUUACUUAUCAUUUGCAAUGCAAUUACCAGUGGUUAAUGCAAUCUUCUUAUCAUUCUUGUUUAACCUACAGAUUUACUAAGCUCUACAUUUCAAUAGAAACCUUUGCUUAUAGUUUCACCUGAUCACAUUCCACGAGGGGAUUUGAAACUUGAACAUGUUAUGACGACCAGACCUGUGCCUGUUCUAGAUAGUUAAUUCAUAGGUCCGUGGCAUCAGACUGCAUUACGCAAAACACUGAUUCCAAAACCUGACUUUGGACAAUUCAGGUCAGUGCUCACCUUUACAUAAAAUGAUUGGCUAACAUGAUAACACCUGUUUAUGGAAUGUUUUCUUUACAUUAAUUCAAAAUGUAUUGUUUGACAGAUUGUCUUAGAGCUUUUAAUGACAUUUUGUCAAAAACAAUGCUUUGUGUUAAGUCUCACAUGACAGUUGCUUCGUCACACAAUAUUUGUACAAAAAAUAAGGAUGUGAUCCGAGAACGCCCUAAAGAUCCGGGUGGCAUUGUUCAAGAUUAUAAUAGUUUUCUGUUUAUUUAAAAUGAAGUGUUUUAGACGUGGUCUUAAUGAGUGAGAUUAAGCUAUUUUCAAUUGUGCCAUACUAACCUAUUAAGAAAGACAGAUGUAAGUAAGAUGGAAUUCUCUUUUUGACUGAAAGGGUUUUAAUCAGUUUCCAGAAUACUAAUCCAUACAUACAGUAUCUCACCACAUACUCUUGCACUGUAAGUAUAUGAUGUAUAUAACUGAAAUUGUUUUUAUGAGUGGUGCCAUAAAAUAUCAACAUUGA